UGUGUAUUAAAAUGUGUGUUUUGUGAAGUAAUUAAAAAUAAAAAAAAUAGUCGAAUAUGAAUGUAUACAUGUUUUUCAUUAAAAUAUUUCAAUCGAAACCCAAACUGAGGAUUGUGUGAGUGGAUUUAUUGUACCUCGUCAGUUUACUUUGGAUUAAUUUGUGUUCGAAAAAAGAAUAUUGAAGCCCUAAAACAAAUAUUCGUUCUAGUAUCCUGACCUCAGCGAGCAGCAAAGUCAGUCUCAGCAGCAGGGCCACACUUCUCUCAACGUUCAGCAGGAACGACGGAGUAAAACGCUCCAAAAAGAUGGUCGUGUGUAGGGUGACACUUCUCAAUGGGAAGACUUUCGAGCCCAAGGACUUAGAUAAAAAUGCAGACGGGCAGGCGUUGUUUGAUAAGGUCUGCAAAGAACUGGAUAUCAUAGAGACAGAUUAUUUCGGCCUUACUUACAGAGAAAAAAACAGCAAAAAGUUUUGGCUGGACAGUACAAAAAAGAUUGCCAAGCAAGUAAAAGGUGGAACAUGGGUUUUCGAGUUCCAAGUGAAGUUUUACCCACCAGACCCUAUGUCCUUGAAAGAAGACAUCACACGAUACCAGCUGUGCCUCCAAGUUCGAGUUGACAUCUUCAACGGCAGGUUGCCAUGCUCAUUUGCCACAUACGCCCUGUUGGGAUCAUACACUGUCCAGUCCAUGAUUGGAGACUAUAGCUUGAAAGACUGCGGGCCAGGACUCGGAUACUUGAACGAUUUCGAUUUUGCGCCCAAUCAAAAUCAGGAACUGCUGGAGAAAAUCUAUGAGCUGCAUGAAUCUCACAAGGGCCAGUCUGCAGUAGUGGCUGAGGCCCAUUUCCUUGAGAACGCCAAGAAGCUGGCAAUGUAUGGAGUGGACAUGCAUGAUGUCAAGGACCCAGAAAACAAGCGUUUGUCUCUGGGCAUCUGUGCCACUGGUAUCCUUGUGUACAGAGACAGGCUAAGGAUAGACCGCUUUGUGUGGCCGAAAAUACUGAAAUUGUCAUACAAGCGAAAUACGUUCUACAUCAAGCUUCGUCCGUCUGAGUUUGAUCCACAUGAGAAGACAGUCAGCUUUCUUAUCGACAAUCACAAGCUCGCCAAGAGGCUGUGGAAAAUCUGUGUGGAACACCAUGCCUUCUUCCGACUGAAGACUGCUGACGCUCCCGACAAUGACACCCUUUUCCCGAGGUUCAACACGAGGUUCCGCUAUUCGGGUCGCACUGCCGUCCAGGCGCGAAAAGCCGCGGAAAUGGUUGACAGAGAGGAGCCCCCUGUGGAGCGCACUGCAGAGAGACGUCGUUCUGGGAGAGAUGGGGAAAAUGAUUAUGAUGAGAAGAGAUACGCCCCUGACGAGAGUGACAGACAUGGUCUGAAUGCGGGCGACCUCAAUGCCACCUUGGAACGUGAUGCACGUUUUGCCGGACUAAACAGCAAGGUCCAAAGGUCACCAGAGGAAGAAAAGAAGCUGCGCGAGGACUAUAUGCGUCUGCUGCAGGACACCCCGUCCAUCACGUCGCGGUCCAACUACCCGGAGUCCCGAGGGGACAUCGAGAGUGACCCACGGUUCCUGGCGGUGGGAGACGAGGGGCUGAGAAAGAAAUGGUUCGAGGAAUAUGUAGAAGAUUUGAAACGUCAAGACUUUAUGCAAUUACUGCAAGACACUCCAUGGGUGCAUAGCCAGUCAUCGUGGCCAGAUGCGCGGGAAGAUCUCAAGUCAGACCCACGAUUCCUUGCAGUGGGAGACGAUGCCCUCCGUGAGAAGUGGUUUAACGAGUUUAAACAAAAUAUGAAAAAGAAUAAAGCUGAAGACAAACAGCGUAAAAAGGCGGACGACAAACGACAGAAAGACAAAGAGGCAGAGAGAAAGCGGUUAGAAAAGGAAAGAAAAGUUGGAAAGGGAGUCGUAGAUCCGGAAGUAGAAGAGCAAAAAGAGAAAGUGACUACUCCUGAAAAGGAGAAACGCUCAAGCGGAAUUUUCUCCAUGUUCGGACGCCGUUCUGGAAGGGACAAAGCUCACGAGCCGAAACCCCAUAAAGCAUACGAGGACGCCGACGACCCAGAGCUAAAGUUGAAAGAGGAAUUCUGGCAGCUGCUACGGGAGACGCCUGACAUUACAAGCACCUCACAACUGGACGACGUGAGGAUAAUCAUUGCUAAAGAUCCUCGCUACAUCAAUGUGCCUACAGAGCAGAAACGGCAGCAGUGGUUUGACGAAUACAUCCAGAACCUGAUGAAGGACGAUUUCAUGCGCCUGCUACGCGACACACCCACCAUUCACAGUCAGUCGACGUGGCCUGAGGCACGCAUGGAGAUCGAUCGCGAUCCACGUUUCGAGGCGGUAGGAGAUGAGAAGUUGCGAGAACAGUGGUUCGAUGAAUACAUCGAGGGAUUGGGAAGCAUCAAUUUUGAUGCAUACAUAAUUAAAACUAAAGAAUCAAAGUUAAAGUCCGACUACAUGCAACUCCUCAGGGACACGCCGGCCAUUGACAGCCAGUCACGGUUUGAGGAGGUGAGGGAUUACAUCGCCCAUGACGACCGUUACCGCGCCGUCCCAACCGAUGAACUCCGCAAGGCCUGGUUCAAUGAAUACGUGGAGAAUCUGAAAAAGGCAGACUUUAUGAAACUCCUUGAGGACACGCCUUCCAUCACGAGCUACUCCCGUUAUCCCGACGCCAAGGAGGAUAUUUCCCAUGAUCCUCGCUUCCAUAAUGUGGACACUGACGAGCAGAGAGAGAAAUACUUCAACGAGUACACAACAGAAUUGAAAAAGGCCGCCUUCAUACAACUGCUACAGGACACGCCAGACAUAUCCGCCACAUCCACUUGGCACCAGUCCAAGAAAUAUAUAGAGACGGAUCCUCGCUACCACGCAGUAGACUCCGACCUUCAGAGGAUGAAAUGGUUCCAUGAAUAUGUGAACUUCCUUGCUGGUCGUGGAUACGGUAUGAACUACAGUUUGAGAGCAGGUGGCUUCAAAUCCAUUGACAGAAAACAAGAAUUCUUGCCAUUACACAAGCCAGAGGCAGUGAAGAAAACUGACCCGAUGCCGUUCUUCCAAGACGCAAAACGCAAGCCGCCUGUGGCCUCUAGACCCAAAAAGCCCAACGGUUAUGGCUCGAACGAGGAUCUGAUCAAUAAUGUGCCGAUAACUGUGGCAACGGAAUCCUUCAAGUACAACCCCGACCUGAACGACGUCCCAAGGUCCACGUCUAAUAUCCCUAUCGUGGAAACCAAGACCCAUAAGGUAACCUACGAGCGAGACGGGGUACCAUACGAAACCGAAGAGAGUAUUCUUAUCAGUGCUCAUUCCGUGACCACCAGGUCCCAGACUAUAGAUACAACAACAUACAAGACUGAGCGAGAUGGUAUGGUGGAGACACAUGUGGAGAGGAAGAUCACCGUGGUAACAGACGGAGAUGACGACACCGAUCAUGAUGCUUUGUUGAGGGCAGCCAUUGAACAAGUCACAGAAAUGAACCCAGAUUUGACGGUGGACAAGAUAGAGUGCAUACGUCAAAUUGAGGACUUGAACGAAAGAUAAAAAAAAGUUUUAAUGGACGCAAAGCAAUAAUGAACUGUAAUGUGCUUUUGAAAUUUCACUUAAUUAGAAACCGUCAUCACCAUAAUCUACCAGUGUGCCUGAAGAAGAAAUACUGGUCUGCCAUUGGAGCAGAUUUUGAUGACAUCAGUGACAUCACAACUCUCAUGUGACAUCAUCAAGUCAUGAGCAGAUCCAAGAUCUUGAAUUUUCUGUUGCUACUAUUGUGCACGUUUUUUGUUUUCUGUACACAAUUAGGGGCAGAAUAUGAUUAGUUCUAGAAAUUGUUUAUUUUUGGGCUUCAGAAAAUACAAAGAACUUCUUAAAAACAUGAAGAUCUUAGUAUGAGUUAUGAAUCAUCUUGUUCAUCUUGUGGAAAUGGCCAAAGUCACGUAUACUUGUAAUGUUUUUUUAUAAUGGCGCACAGUAAUAUUAUUUAAAAAUGCAGCUUUUUAUUAUGUUUUGUUGGUUGUGAUUGAAAGAUUGCCAAUAAUGUUAUAAGCUUAUUAUGCAUAUGAAUACAGACAUUUUUAUUUGCACAUACAUAUUUCAUGUUUGUAUAUAAUUCAAAUGACUAGUAGGAGUAAAGUGCUGAUAGCAAAUGACUUGGAAUUCUUUAUGUUAUUGUGUACCCAUCAAAUGGUUGUUUUGUAUGUGUGUCAGUGAACAUUGAAGCUAAAAUUAAAUAAUAAAAAACAAAAUAGAUGAAUUGACACAAAAUCUUCAGUGGGUGAUCAUUUUAAUGAAUCAUCAUUAUACCCUUAUCAAUUAAAUCAUAUUGAUGGUUUCUAAGCUCAUGUAAUAUAUUUAAUUUUCAUUUAUUGAUAAGCAACAAGGAAGAUACUUUUUUACAGACUACCUGCAGAUAUUGACUUGUGUAUUGUGUAUGCUUAUCACCACGCUGUGUGAACAUUUAUUUAGCAUUUGGUAGCAACUUGUGUGAUGGUGGAUAUCACAUUGAAACAAUUUUAACACCAUUGUUCUAUAAAAAACUGCUGUUUUUAUUUUCAUUGUUUUUAUUUUUUAAGGCAUUUUUAGCAUUUUUAAAUGUUUAGUUGUCAAUAAUUGUUCCAUUUGCUUUUAAGAUCAGCUUAGGCAAGCAGAUUUCGUUUUGAGUUUUAUGUUGAAAGACAAUGAGCUUAUGUUCCAUGUCUAUGAAAUAUAAGACUAUAUAAGGCAGUUAAAAGAUUAAAUUGUCAUAAUUUAAAACAUAAGUAAGAAUCCUUAUUUACAUAUAAUAAAUAUACUUUAUUUAUCAAUCUAUUCAAAUUGCUAUUGUAAACAAUUAAGUGAAUACAAUAGGUAUUAUACAGUUAUAAUUAUAUAGCAUUGGUUAUACUGCAAUUUUAUUUGCAUUUCUAAAUACUACUUAUAUUAAGUUUUAUUAUUAAUUGAAUAAUUAUUAUAUCUAAAUUAAGUGUCAAUGUAUGAUUUCAGUUGCAAAUUUGAGGAACAAAUAAAACUUGCAAUGUAUUUCAUUUUAUUACUGAAACAUUUUUGGGGUGAAAAUUGUGGGUAUCACAAACAUCAAGAGUUGAACUGUAAAGUAUCAUUGUUAAAGAGAUGUUUGUAACUUAGUGUUUUACUGGAAACAUACUAAUCUUUUUAUUUCAUGAGGAUUUAUUUUUUCUCUUAUUCUAUGUACAUAAAAUCAUAUACAUUGUAUAACGAUUGUACAGCAUAUUGCUCUCAAGAAAAACAAUCAUUAAGCUGUGUCAUUUUCAUUGGAUAGUUAUAACACGAAAGAAUAAUUAUUACUUUAUAGUAUUUGCUUUUGAAUACCUUUAAUAUAUUUAUCUCCUUUGAUGUGUCCUUUUGCAAAAAUAAAACCCAGUUUCAUCUUCUAAUGCUGCGAAGAAAAAGGAAAAAGAUUAUAUUCUAUAAAAGAUGAGUUUUAAAUUAAAUUAAAACCUAGAAAGUGUAUCAUAUUACAUGCCGUGUUCAUAAGCUGUUCAUAAAUUAAAUUGGGCUUUGUACUUGUUUUAUUCAUGUUGUUCAAAUACAGAUCAUGUUUUAAAUACCGACGUACAUAUUGUUCCCUUUUUCUGGAGUGUCAACUUAAAUAUGGUCAUUUUGUUUGGGAAGAUAGAUUCUUAAUAAUUCGAAUAAAUGAAUAUGUACAUGUACUUAUGUUCAAUCAAUGUGUGUAUGUUUGUGUUAUAAGUCAAUUCCUUGCUUCAGAUGCAUAGCUAUAAUUUUAAUAAAAUAAUUAAUCUAU